AAAGGGUGUAAAUGUACUUGCAUACUGCUAUGGUAUUAUCCUUCUACAUCGUGAAAUAUUUUCUCCAGAAGCCUUUAGGCAUUUUACAUUUGCAAAACUUUUUUACUGCUGACCAAGAAAGACCGUGUACACUCCUCAAGAAAACAAAGCCGUUUAAGAUUAAAAAAUGAUGUGAGAAGUACGAAAAAGUCUGCCGUCUGUCCUCUAAUGGAAUUUGUGAGUAUGCGAAAGAGAAAUGAUGGAAGUUGGACCAGUUUUUUCCUGAUGUGAACAGUGUAGGUAGAUUCAUGUUAGCAUGCUUGAUUUAGAUGCAUGU